GAAUUAGGCAAUUAGCAGUUCUUCAUUGCUUGAUCUGGAAGCGCAGAAGCGGCACUGCCAUCUGCCACGGCCUUUACACUCACUGAAUUAAAAUCCUGGCUCUGCCCCUGGGUGGUAGCCUUUGCAUUGGUAUGGUGUAGCUGUGUUGUGGUGGGGCGGCGUAGAGUGGGAAGAAAAAGAUGAUAAAUUUUUUCUAUAUUUUUGUUUUUCUAAAGUUUGGAUAAAAACGUAAGUUGGACUAAGAUUUGGUACCUUUUGCUCCAAUUCUAGCCUUAUUCACGGAGAGGGGGAAAAGCGGCUAUGCGUUUUUCAUUUUUUGUGCUGCAGUGAUUUCGAGAGGAUAAGUCAUCUCCUUCAUCACCAAACUUGGAAGGAUCUGAAGUCUAUUAGAUGCAGACCGCUAACUCCUCUGCAGAAGAAGAGAUAUUUCGAGUUAGGAAAUUGGAGAUCGCUGACAAAAACAAGGGUUUCAUUGAACUACUUCAACAGCUGACUGUUUGUGAUUCUGUCUCUGAUGAGAGAUUUCAAGAACGAUUUCAGGAGCUCGCUAUAUAUGGGGACGACCAUCUUGUAUGUGUAAUAGAAGAUGACAAAUCAGGGAAGAUUGUUGCCACUGGGAGUGUGUUCAUCGAAAAGAAAUUUAUAAGGAAUUGUGGCAAAGUUGGUCAUAUUGAAGAUGUGGUGGUAGAUUCCAGUGUUCGAGGCAAACAAUUAGGGAAGAAGAUAGUCGAGUUCCUCUCAGAUCAUGCUCGAUUAACAGGGUGUUACAAGGUGAUUCUUGAUUGCAGUACCAAUAACAUACCAUUUUAUGAGAGAUGUGGUUUCAAGCAAAAGGAAGUUCAGAUGGUGAAGUACUUCAUUUGAUGAAUGUUCCAACUGUUCUCAUGUUUUAAAACCUCUUUAAAUAUGCGAUUGCAAUACGGAUUGGUUUAUACUUCCUCUCUCCAUCUGAUAUGUUUGCUUUAUUGUCA